AUUAUGAGUUUCGGAUUUAGUGUCGGGGACUUCCUCGGCAUAAUCAAGGACAUUCAUCACAUUCGAAAAGUCUUUAACGGUGCGCCCGCUCAGUUCAAACUUCUCAAUGUUGAAGUGAGAAACCUCUCCUAUAUUAUACAGGAUGUUGAGACACAUGUACCACGCGAGAACCAGAAAGAAAAGCUGGAGCACAUAGCAAACGAGUGCAAGGUCCUCAACCAAGACAUCUGGAGAGUGAUUGGCAAAUACAGAGAGAUAGACCAGACGCCAAGCAUCAAACAUAUCUGGAAGCGCCUCACAUUGGAUCCAGGAGAUGUCCGAGAACUUCGGGAUCGGGUUUGCAGCAUCAUCGGAUCCCUCACUGCUAUUAAUUUGCGCAUCAUGCAAGAUCAAGUUCAAGAGCUUGUCAACUACAAGAAUGAGGAACAGCAUCAAAAAUACCUCGACUGGCUGUCACCAGGAAGCGUUGGAGGGGAUCAAGGGAAGCCAAUUUACCAGCCGGAGACUGGAAGAUGGUUCAUUGAAUCACCUAAAUUUCAGAACUGGGUCCAAAAUCCGGGCCAGACGUUAUUCUGUCCUGGUAUACCCGGAGCGGGAAAGACCAAAAUGGCAUCAAUCGUUAUAGAUGAGCUGGAUAGUCUCCAUGAAAACGACCCUAGUGUUGGAAUUGCCUACAUUUUCUGCAGUUUCCACUAUUCUGACGACAGUCGACAAUCUCCGGAAAAUAUCUUAGCAAGCAUCAUUCGGCAGCUGAUUCGAAGACUCCCUCUACUUCCAUCCACGGUACACUUGUUAUAUGAAAAACACAGGACCAAUGGUUCACGGCCUGCAUUCCAUGAACUCUGCAAAGCCUUCAAAGAUGUUGUCCAAAUGGCUUUGACACAAGUCUUUAUUGUCAUUGAUGCGCUGGAUGAAUGCAAGGCGGCCACCAUAUCUCGUAUUAUCAGCCAACUAUUCGAAACUCAAGCGUUUGGGAAUUUGAACUUAUUGGCAACCUCAAGAUCUGUUCCUGUAAUUGAAGCGAGAUUCCAAGGCAAACCCUCUCAAGAGAUCCGCGCAGAGAAAGAAGAUGUUAUGAAAUACCUCAAGGGUCGUUUGGAAAGCUGCGAGGGCUGUGCUUUGAUCCGAAGGCCGGCUCUGCAAGAAAAGGCUGUACUUGUCAUCGUGGAGUCGGUCAUGGGAAUGUUUUUAUUGGCCCAGCUCUAUUUGGAUUCAUUGAUCUCAGCCCCUGGAGCCAAAGAGAUUAAUAAUGUGCUGGAGAGGUUGAUAAACAGAUCCAAUCGAAUUGACGGAGGAAACAAUGCCGUUGACGAUGCUUACCAAGAUGUUGUAGAGCGUAUCAACAAUCAAGACCCACGUCGCCAAACAUUGGCCAAAGAUACACUAUCAUGGAUUAUUUGUGCUAGGCGACCGCUCACUACGUUGGAGCUACGUACCGCUCUUACCAUAGAGCUGGGAGAGUCGGAUCUGAAUGAGGAAGAUCUUUAUGAUCUUGAAGACAUUAUGUCCUCGUGUGCAGGGCUAAUCACUAUUGGGUCCGACGGUACAAAAGAAGUGGUUCAAUUCGCCCACUAUACAAUGCAAGAAUACUUCACACGAAAUCAGGCUGUGUUUUUCCCAGACGCAGAGAAAGCCAUCACAGCAAGCUGCCUCACUUACCUUUCAUACGACAUCUUUCUACGAGGAAUGUGUUCGAAUGAUAUCCAAUAUAAAGCUAGGCUCAGCCAAUAUCCGCUAUACUCUUAUGCCGCCAAAAACUGGGGCAACCAUGCUCGAGUGCAUUCAAUAAUCGAUAAUCUCUUGCUUUCAUUUUUGAAAAACACCUGUCUACUGGAUGCGAGUGUUCAAGCUAUAUUUUCCUUGGAAGGAUACUACGGCUUCGAAAAUUACUCUUUGGGAGUUCCGUUGGGAUUCACCGCAUUCCAUCUGACUGCAUGGUUCGGAUUGGAGCAUGUGUUGCGGUUCCUGAUCAGCCAAUGUGAUUUAUCGUGUGCCAGGGACUCCAUGAACCGAGAUCCUCUCGCCUGGGCCGCCUCUAAUGGUCAUACAUCAGUUGUAAAGCUGCUUCUCGAUCAUGGGGCAGUGCCAGAUCAGUAUGACGAUGAUGGCCAAACACCGAUUUCUCUAGCCGCGUUGAACGGUUGCACCGAGGUUGUGAAGCUGUUCUUGGAUUACAAUAUCAACCCGAACCCCAAUUAUAUUGCGAGUAAAAUUCCUCUGGCGGAGGCAUCGUAUCGACGACACCAUGAGACUGUCGAGCUUCUUUUGAAUAGAGGGGCAUAUCCAGACCCCAAGGGCAUUUACGGGAGGACCCCUUUCAUGUGGGCGUGCUACAAUGGCUCGAUUGAGAUAGUUCAAUCGCUGCUUGAUCACUCCGUCCGUAAAAGGGAAGCUUCUGAUGCAUUCAACGAUUAUUGUAUCGAUUUUGGCCGAAUGGAUGGUGAAGGAAAUACUGCUAUUUCCUAUGCUCUAGGUCAUGGUUAUCAUCAUAUCAUUCGCUUUCUUUGCCAGAAAGGCUUUCUCCCGAGCAAGAUUCUCACAUCGAUCAAUUAUUCUGCAAUUGGACCCCCGAUGCUAGAAGAGACAUAA